AUGUUCGCCGUUCCUUCGCCUCACUUACCUACCUUGCAAGUUCUCCGUGGUGAAACCCCUCAUCGGUCUCAAACUCAUAAAUGUCACUACGGCUUCAAGCCACAUCUCCCCCCUAUCACUUCCAGCCCGCGUUUGCAGUCGCCACCUGCGGGUCCUCUCCCUAGUAUCAGUGAACAGGCGCUUCAACCACCUCGCGCUAGUCUUCUUGACGGUGCCACUGCCAGCCCUAAUCUACGCCCACGACGGCAACCCCUCUUCGUCCCUCUGUUGGGUUCAGAGUCGGACACCGCCAUAGACUCUAUCGAAGAUCUUGAGCGGUUUCAAGCUAGCAUACGAUAUUCGAAUCGCGUUCUUGACGAGAUCACGGCGUUUCUGGGCACUCUGAUGAAGCACUCGAACAACACCUACGAAUGGGCUCAUCUGGCCGGCGAUGAAUGGGAUGGGCAUGACAUGAGGAAGAUCAUAGUGGGUUUCCUGCAUGACUUGAGGGGGCGAGAGAACGAGCGCGGCACGAAGUUGGCGAAGGCGGGCGAGAUCUCUCGCGCUCACAUAUAUUGGGAUGCGGCGCAGGGCAUCGCUCAGAUGAUCUGUUUCGUCGAACAAGGCAUGCAAGUGCUACACACUCAGAUGUUGGACCACGAUUUAAUAUUGAUGGGCAACCGAUCGCCAUACGUCUAUUCACCUAAAUGGCGACCGUGA